AUGGUUGAGAAGCCAGAGCAGUUUGAUCUGCCCCCCGGCUCGCCUUUUCAAGGAGGUCAUCACCGCUAUGGAGUUAGUUGGGGUCAUCAGUAUCACUGUGUGAGAAUGAUGCGCGACGAAUUCUUCGCUCAACUUCACAACCGAAGCACUUUGGUGGGGAUGGAGGUCGACCUCAACAAGGAGGAAUAUACGACUGAGGAAAUACGACUCAUUCAUCUGGCACAUUGCUACGAUUACCUGCGGCAAGUCAUUCUCUGUCAUAUGGAUAUGACAAUCGAGUAUCCUACCGGAAACAGCGUCGCCAAAGGAACGAUUAGUGGAUAUGAAGUUCCUCAUCAAUGUGUGAAACGUUAA